CCAUCUCUAACUUAGUUUAUAAAAUCUCAAACAAUAACUAACGUCUGCUGCCAUUAUAGAAUUCUCAUACAUGAUGAUAUUGAUUGUACUCUAUGAUAUAUUAUUCUAUCAAUCUUAGAUUAAUCUAUUGUCUGCAUUGAUCUGCAUCUUCUUCCUUCAAUAUAAUAUUGCCUCCAUGAUCAGUGAUCACCCCCCCCCCCCCCCAAAUUCUUGUUCUAAGGAAUACUUAAACUAAUCGAUAAACGACUUAAAAAUUCGAAUUUUAAAAGCAGUGAAAUCGAAUCCAGGUAUAAACCAGAAAUAGAAUGAUUUAAUACGUCUCUCUAUGCAUGAAAUGGUAUUCUGAUGACUAUAAAACUAUUAAAAACAGAGGAAAGCAGAGCAAAUGAAGGUGAUGGAGAGAUUCGGGAGAGAGGCGAGAAGGUCAAGCAUGGCUGCUGCUGCAACUGAUGGACUUUCCGGCUGCCGUGAGAGAAUGAGUAGCAAGCGGAGGAGGAGAGAAGAGAGUGCCGGAAGCAUGGAGGAGGAAGACUGCAAGGUGGAGGUGGAAGAUAAUAUGGUACUUUCUCAGAUGUCAUCAUCAUCAUCGGCUCGCCGGAGAAACCAUAUGGUGAUGAGUGGAUCAAAGAAAGAUCAGCCGUUGGAAGUGAUCGGCGCUCGAGUUCCGAGGAAGGCCCGUUCAGCUUCAGGGAAAAGGUUGCAUGAAAGUAGUUCUUCAGGAAAUGAUGGGAUUGGAAAAGAUCAUAAUCUUCAGAAACAGCAUGUAGAAGCGAGGAAGAAGAUGAAAUCAACUGGGAUCAAGAACCGGCCACCAAAGUCGUCGAAAUUGUCUUCAGGGCCUGUAGAGGAGGACAUUGAGAAUGAGAUCGCCGAAGUUCUUUUUGGGUUGAUGAAGCAUGUUGAUAGUGUUAAAAGCUCUACUUCAAACCGGGAUGAUGAAGAUAAAGAUAGAUAUAGCAUUAGAAAAGAUUCUAAGAUUUCAAUCUCGGAACAGGAACCUACUCAUGCCUCUGAUCCUGAGCUUAAAAAUGUCUCCAAGGAGAACAAUUCUAUAGCAGAAGCAGUAGAAGUAGAAAGUAAUCAGCAGCCAAAAAUGGGAACUUCUUCCCCAAAUUGUGAGCCAGAAUCCGGAAGUGUAUCCGGGCCACUAGAGUUGCAGAAGGAGGAAGCCAAGCCAUUUGUGGAAGAAUCAGUUGGCGGAGAGGUACCGGAGCUUGAGAGGAAGAGGGAUGACAAGUUUGGAUUUGAUCUCAUGGCUCCUCCUCCUAUGGAGGAUUCGGCAUCUGAUACUGUGGCAGAAGCUGAGCUUGAAACACUGCAAGACAAGACGAUAGAGGUAGUCAACGAAAAGCUUAGUUUGAAUUCAAACCAAGACAGUGGCACUAAAACAGAAGAGCAGCCUAAAGCCAUCACUCCUAAGCUGGAGAGAUCUGACUGGCGAAGCGGUCUUUCAGCCACCACAUCACAGCCCGGGAAUUCCCUUCUGCCGCAACCAUGUGCUAAGAGAUGCGCAACGCACCAUUACAUUGCUCGCAACAUUUACUUGGAUCAGAAGGUUACAAGGACGAAGAAUCUCUCGCCACCACCAGCAUACAGCAAGCCAGACAUUGUCAUUGUAAAUGAACUUCUAGGAAGUGUCUCAGGUCAUAGUGCAAAAGAAUCAAAAGAUCAACGUUCUGAGGCUGCAUUCGUAGAAGCAUCAAAGAGCAAGAAGCCUGUGGCUUAUCAAUCUCCAUCGCAGCCAGCCUCUGCUGGUAAUCUAAUGUGUGGAUCUACUUUCACAUUCUCUCUGGGACAAAAUCAAGCAUCAGUUGCAGCAGCCAGUGAUCCAUCUGGUCCUUUGAAAUAUACAGAAGUUACAAACAAUGCAUCACAUUUUAGUCAUUCAGCAUUGUCAAAAGCAGCUGCAGCAAAGGCCAGUAGCUUGAAUGUGACAUUCCAGGAAGGUCCAUACAUGGCAAUCAAGGGGUACUCAUUCCCCAUGGCAACUCCUUCAGGAACAACACUUGCAUUUCAAGGAGAUAACUCUACUCAGGCAGUGCCAUUAUAUAAUGGCCCCUUCUAUUCAAACCAAAUGUUCCGCCCUCCUCAGCUUCAUCAUCAAAAGCCUCAAUCACAAUUCCAGCUUCAAGUCCAAUCAAACCAUCAGAAGAACAUGGGAAUGCCAACCGAUUCAUCAUCAUCUCAAAGGCAACUAGAGUCUCAGCAACUGCAGAAAACACAAUUUAUCAGUAUGCAAUCACAGCAGCCACAGAAGAAGUAUGUGACACAAUCCCUUCGAUCUUGCAAGGUUGAAAAUGACAUCAUUGGGGGGCAUACUGCAACAUCUUCUCAGGCACAACAUAGCGUUUAUGGUUACGGGAAGAAUUUUGCAGUGCCACUUCAACCCAUGAACUUUGCCAUGUUGCCCUAUGCUACAAUGAGUGGCGGCAGCAGUAAAAAUCACAUUGGGCAAGAACAGCAACAGGACUUCAAGGGUGUGUUUGGCAUGUCAUUUGGCUCUAUCACUGGAAAUGAGGGUACAGGUACUCUACUAAACUUUUCAUCUAUGCCGCAAAAUCCAGCAAUGUAUCAAAACCUUCAGGGUGCAAACCAAAAGCAUCAUCACCAAGUAUCCGAAAGGAAGAAUGGAGGCAAUUCUGAUAAUCCUGCUCAUGAUAAAUCAAAAGCUGCUACUGGGAGGUCUUCCUCAACUGUUGCGCAGACCCUCGUUUUUGAUAACUCACCAACAAAUCUCAACUUCACAACCUUGAACUCACAUCCACAGCACCUCUACCAGUUUCAGCUUCAACAGCAGCAACCUGGUACGGUGGCCUGGAGCAAAGCACCAAAGACGGCUCCAGUCUUGUCACAAUCUCUAAUACAAUGCAGUACUUCUGUCCAAUCUCAUAGCAACUCUGGAAGAUCUUUAAGUUCCCAAGUUCCAAUUAACACUUCAACAGUCAAUAGUUUUCUUCAACAACAAGGAAGAGCUUCACAAGGUCCGACUCAGAUAUCUUUUGAGGGAAACCCUAAAUCCUCCUUAACAGUAACACAAGGUCAACACAAUAACCCUAGUUUGCUGACGACUUGAAAAUGAGGAUUCCGGUAAGUAAUUUGGCAGCUAGUGCAAAGUGGACGACCAAAUGAAACAGAGUUAGGCUUAGGCUUACAUUUCAUCAAUUCAUGAACUAAAGGAGGCAGUUCAAAACUUGAGGGUGGUUCAAAAGGGGGUCCAUGUAGAUUUAAUUGGUCUACUCCGAUCGAUGUAUAUAUGAUAAAGAUCUUGACUAUGAAGCAAUGAAUUAUUUCUGUAUAUAUGAAUCAGCAAUUUUAUAUUGUUUUUGGAUGAAGCGAGGGGUCAUGGCAAUUGAAGUCAACAAGAAAGCAAACAAGCUUUAGAAAAAAUCUACCACUUCAAGAAUUUGGCCAAAAGAAGAUGCUGGAGGUGGAAGUUACUGCGAUUCAUUGGCUUCAGGAAUAGUCUGUUACCGGUUCUUGUAAUUUUGUGCAGCAUCUUUGAAUAGACCUGCAAUCUAUGAAAAACAUUGAAUUCAAUUGCUCUUAGUUUUGAAAUAGUG